AUGAAGGGAGAAACUGCUGUAUGCACAUUAUUGUAUUCAUUGGAUUAUUUACCAGGUGUAUUUACACUAGGAACUCGAAUUAACAAAGUUUUAUCAAGUACGGAGUGCACAGUAAAAUUCAAGGUAGUUUUACUUGUCAAUGAAUCAUUAUGGAAAAAUGACAUAUCUGAAGAAGUCAAGGAACUACUAAAUAAAUUGUUUGAUAAUAUCAUCCAGAUUCGUCCAUUGAAUGGUCAACAAUUGAUCGAAGGUUUAAAUAAAAGCAAUAAAAACUUACUAAAUAGACCAGAAUUACUUUUUGCAGUAAUCAAGCUUAAACUAUGGAGUUUAGUUGAAUUCGAAAAAAUUGUUUACUUAGAUUGUGACACUCUUCCCAUACAAAAUCUGUUUUUUAAUAAUAUUCUACAAGAUACUAAAGUACAAACUAAGUACCAGAUUUCAGCAAGUUCUGAUAUAGGAUGGCCAGACAUGUUUAAUUCUGGAGUAAUGGUGAUCAUACCAGAUUUGGAGGUAUACGAUGAAUUAACUAAUUUUGCUCUAAACAAUAUUUCAUUAGACUCCUCAGAUCAAGGUAUUUUAAACCAAUUCUUUAAUCCUUUUUUUCAUAAAUUAUCUAAAAGUAGACUAUCCAAAUAUAGCCUAUUGAGAUUACCAUUUGUGUAUAAUAUAACAAUACCAAACAAUGGCUAUCAAUAUUCACCAGCAUUGAACUAUUUUAAAAAUGAGAUCCAAUGCGUUCAUUUUAUUGGUGUGAAUAAACCUUGGAGAAUUACUGAUGGUAGUAGGGAUGAAAAUGAAUAUUCCAAUAUGUGGAAAAAUAUGUAUAGAGAAUUCCAACUAGAUUACCUGUUACUCAACUAUAUGCAAAAAAUAAAUCUUAAUUCUUCAAUAAAUGAUAUCGAUAGUCACUGUUUAAAUCAAUUAUUGAAAAAUCAUAAAACUGAAUCCCAAAAGGAUAAUAAUAUUCAAGUUCCAGCUCAAUUUAAUGAAAAUAAAGCUAAAUCUGAUUUCGUGGAACAUAUUAUACAAGAAUCACCAAAUGAACCUUCAUCCAGCACUGUUAUUAGCCAGAGCGUUGAUUUCAAAGAACUACAGUUCAAAUCCGGCAAUGAGUCUGUACCAAAUACUGCAUUAUAUCGUAACAACGUAUUAAUAACGUAUGAAAAGAAAGAUGAAUUAGAUACUGUUAAUAACAACAUCUCUUUCAUGGCAACACAUCCGAUUGAAAGAGCAUCUGAUAAUAUAAUAUAUGGUAAAGAAAUGCCAUUAAACCAACUUGUGGCACCACUACCCAAAGAACAACUUAGAAAAAACACAUUUUUAGAGGAUGGAACUAAAAAUGGAACAACUGUUUUUGAUUGGGAAAAAACUAAUUACUUAGAAGAAACUGAAAGAGUAUUUCCUGACGAUACAAAUGGUAAUCUCAAUUUGCAACGACAAGAUAAAACAAAAUACACAACAACAACCUUGCAACCGUCAUCGGCACCUCAAACUCAGAUGCCACCAAAGAAAAAAUCCGAUAAUAAUAGUACUAAUAAUAAACGACAUAAUAUUCCGCCUAUUUUUGAAUGGGAAAACACAGAUUAUUUGAAUACAGUAACUAGAACUUUCCCUGAAGAUGACUGA